AUGAAUCGCCGACGGCACCACGACUUACCUGCUCUCUCCAUGUCGGCCUAUGCUGCAGAGGCCGGUGGCCUUCCCACACCUACCUCGGCCACCUCUUCUGUCUCGCGAAUACCCAUAAUUUUCCGCCGCUUGCACCGUUUCCAGCAAAUGGACUUUGAGCUUGCAGCAUGGCAAUUAACUUAUUUAUGCAUCGCUCCUCGUCGGGUUUACAGAAAUGUUUAUUUCCACAAACAAACCAAAAACACUUGGGCACGCGACGACCCAGCCAUUCUUGUCCUCCUUUCCGCGUGCUUAGGCGUGUCUGCUAUUGCCUGGUCGCUGGUAUACUCGCUAGGCAUAUUUGAGGCUCUACAACUUGCAAUCCUGAUGGUUCUACGCGACUUUCUGCUGUCUGGGAUAAUAAUAUCGACCAUUUUAUGGCAAAUAUCGCGAACAUUCCUUCUACCACCCGUACCAGUUGCACCUGCUCCGUCACUUCAUGGUGCCCGCUAUCCAUCUCCUGUUCCACGACAUGAGACUGUCGAGUGGGGAUACACAUUCGAUGUUCACACAAACGCGUUCUUCCCUCUUUACCUUACUCUCUACCUUGCGCAGCUGUUUCUUCUCCCAGUGAUCCGCAGGGACAACUGGGUUUGUCUUUGGGUUGGAAACACGCUCUAUCUAGCUGGGUUCGCGCAAUAUAUCUACGGCACGUACUUGGGUCUAUCUGCACUCCCAUUUCUUGCACGCACCACUCUCCUUCUUGCACCUCUCCUCCCACUGGGAGCAGCAUAUGUGGUCUCGCUUCUAGGGUUCAAUGUCGCUCGAUGGGUCCUUACUGUGUAUUUUGGUGCUUAA